AUGGUAGUUAGAAGACUUUUAAACAAAUAUUACUUCAUUCGGCGCAGGUACUUCUAGUAUUUCUGAUUCAUCUGGAAUAUCAGAAUCCAGAACGACCUCCUGUGCGUUUUCGAUUGGAUCGUUCAGAUCAGUCCGGUGACUUUGCUCAGGAACCGUAAGUAAGGCAGAGGAUUGAAACUUCGACGGACACUGCGGACAAGUAUAAUCCCCUGAGAGAACUUAUUAAAAACUCGAAAGUGACUUCUUAUUAUUUGAUGUUUAAUUUUACCUUGUAAAUGUUCGCAUUUCAAUUUUCUGAUCAUUCUUUUCGAUUCAGAGGCGGUCCUAUCGUUCGUGUCUUAGCUCCAGGUGCCUCUUCAGAUUGUCUUCCCGCUGUUCAACGUCGCAGUCUUUUCGGGACAUUUCAGAAACACCCUCAUUUUAGAGGGUUAACACAAGGUCUCUAAAAAGAGUGAAAACAAAUGAAUACAUUUUUUUUCGAUAACUAUAAUUUUUUUCAAUGUGAAUAAAAUGAUUAUGUUAAUGAAAAAAAUUGUUUGGGUGAAUCUUGAGAACUGGAAAUUUAUCAUUCGAAGUUUAUUUCAAAAUUUUAAGUUGAAUAACAAAAAUUGAAAACAAAACAGUUCUUGUAAAAUGAAUGGGCAGAAAUUUCAUAAAUAAAUUGUUUUAUUGAUUGAAAAGGUUUUCACAGUAUCGAAAGCAGGCAAACAAAAAUCGAACAACUUAGUGGACAUACGUUUUAGAAACUCGGGCAAAACUGGAAAGCUCACCAGCAUAGGUAAAACGGAAAAGUUCCUUUGAGGAUCCUCAAAGGAACUUAAGAGGAAGAUAAAAAGCUUCCUCUAAAAGCUCCUAAAAUGAUGUAAAAAAGCUUCUGAGCACCUUUUUCAUAGCCAAAAGCUCCCCAAAAGCUUUUCUCAAAAAAAGACCUUGAAAGGGUCCCCAGCAGAUCUUUUUUACAUCAUUUCAAUUCUUUUUUGCGUCUUUUUCACAUCCUCUGACAAAAAGGAUGCUGGAAAGCAACUAAAAAAAAUUCGAGCGGAUUCAAAAAGGAUCCUCUGACACGGGAAGUGCGAAAGGUCGAGGUAUUGGAAUUUAAUGAAACUUGGUAUAUAGGUACUUCCGAACACCCUGAAUCCAAAACAGUUGAAAAAAAGUGCGCCUUUUUGGUUUUAGUCGAGUUAGGCCGCCUCAAAGUUUGCUCGCAAAAAUUGCAUUGGAAGGGAGGAGGGAAUGUGUUGCGGCGGCUAACUCUAGCUGCCAGCAGGCGGCGUGGUGUAGUGGCUAGAGGCCUUACGCUGUGAAACCUAUGAUGCAGGUUCGGUCCCUUUUUGGUGGAACUUUUUUUUGCUAUGAAGUUUUUCGAAAAAAUCGAUGAAUUUUUGAAGAUAGAACGAAAAAUACCGUUCAAAGUGUUAAAAUUCACUAUUUUAUGUCGUUUUGAGAAAGACUUUCAACAAAAAAAUUUUUUAGUCUUUUUUUGUCCUGCUCUAUGCAGAAAAUUUGGGCGUCGAGAUUAUUCUUGCGAGAGUUCAUAGGUUUGUGAUAUAAAUAACAACUUGUUGUAGUUCUAUGCUUCUAUUCUUAUUCAUCAAACGAUUUUUUUCUUCAAAGGUGGCGGUUAGUUAACCCUUUUCCUUGUCUUUUUUUCAUUCCCUGCAGCAUCGCCAUAUCAUCUCGAUUGUGAAAAUAAAGUGAAGCUGGACUUUGAUACACAAUUUUACACACAUAACGUCAUAAAGGAAGGAAGGAAAAAAGAAUAAAUCUCAUAAAACUUUAAUUUUAUUGGUUCAUCAGAAAAUUUUUUGAAGGAAUGGGUCGACCAUAAGCCUUAUGGUUAGGCAAGGAAAAAUGGAGCAAAAAAUUUUUUUGUCGAAAUUCUUUCUUAGAUGGGCAUAAAAUGGUGAAUUUCAAAAAUUUUGAGUUUUCUUUCACUCCAUCAUCAAAACUUCCUCAUUUUUCAAAUAAAAAAAAUUGGCAAAAAAAAUUUGACAAAAAAAAGACCGAACCUGCAUCAGAGGUUUCACAGCGUAAGGCCUCUAGCCACUACACCAGGCCGCCUGCUGGCAGAUAGAGUUAGCCGCCGCAACACAUUCCCUCCUCCCUUCCAAUGCAAUUUUUGCGUGCAAACUUUGAGGCGGCCUAACUCGACUAAAACCAAAAAGGCGCACUUUUUUUCAACUGUUUUGGAUUCAGGGUGUUCGGAAGUACCUAUAUACCAAGUUUCAUUAAAUUCCAAUACCUCGACCUUUCGCACUUCCCGUGUCAGAGGAUCCUUUUUGAAUCCGCUCGAAUUUUUUUUAGUUGCUUUCCAGCAUCCUUUUUGUCAGAGGAUGUGAAAAAGACGCAAAAAAGAAUUGAAAUGAUGUAAAAAAGAUCUGCUGGGGACCCUUUCAAGGUCUUUUUUUGAGAAAAGCUUUUGGGGAGCUUUUCAGUUUUGCCCGAGUAGAAGCUUUUCUCAAAAAAAGACCUUGAAAGGGUCCCCAGCAGAUCUUUUUUACAUCAUUUCAAUUCUUUUUUACAUCUUUUUCACAUCCUCUAACAAAAAGGAUGCUGGAAAGCAACUAAAAAGAUUUGAGAGCAUUCAAAAAGGAUCCUCUGAGGCUAUGAAAAAGGUACUCAAAAGCUUUUUCACAUCAUUUUAGGAGCUCUUAGAGGAAGCUUUUUAUCUCCCUCUCAGGAUCCUUUAAGGAUCCUCGAAGGAACUUUUCCGUUUUACCUAUGUGUAUACUACUAGCAAGUACCCUACUCGUAUUCCUUUGCGCAACAGCGUCUCCAAUAUCUUCAGGUCCAAGUAGGUGGACCUGGAGCCCAAUGGCUCGUGUAUGGCGGCAGGGGCGGUCUCGGCCGACCACGCCCUUCGAACUGCCGCAGCUCACAUUCUCGUGCUCCUUCGACGCGAAUGGCCGGUCCCAGCAAGAAGUCGAAGCCGUCUUGGCUCCUCUACGGCCUGCUGGCUAUCGUCCUCGCCGUCGGAAUCUGUACUGCAGUCGUCAUUUAUCUGACUCUCAUUCGACCUCCGAACUAUGGACCAGACCCUCAGAUCAACAGCAGCAGUCUCUUUCGUCCUAUACCUACUACUGUUACCGCUAAUCAAAGUUCUGCCGGUGGGUUUUUAAUGAUAUAUAUAUAUAUACAUAUAUAUAUAUAACUUUCAAAUUAUAUCUCAACAGGAUUGUCGAAAGUUUCCCCCACAAAACCUCAAUAUGGUUCGCAAAAACACAGUGCGAAAUAAUUCGUAUUGAAAUUAAUAAAAAAAUGAUGUUUUCCUCUUUUUUUCAAACAUCUUUGUCAACUUUUUAUGAAAAAAAGUCUUUCGAGAAUAGUUUAAAAAAAUCUCUCAUAAAGCAUUUUUUUUCAUUGUUGCUUUUUGAAAAAAAUUUGACGGUUUUUUUAAAUGAUUUAUAUAAAAAAAUAAAAAUAAAGCUUAUUGUCAUUUUUUUCUAGAAUAAGUUUUAACAAUCUGAAAUGAUCCCACACUUGCUCCAUACUUGCUUUAUAAAAUAUGAUGAUCAGAAACAUCGACGACAUCUGAGACCACGUCAUCGGUCCCUCUGACGACGUUGCUGACGACGACGACUUCUGCAACGACGGAGACGAGCUCGGCGGCUCCGUCGACGUCGACAAGUCCAGUCGAGAUAACCCUCCCGGUCAACAUCGACUCUCUUCUCAAAGAGUACUCCAAGAACAAUGAGGUUUCUACCUCGCUUGGCGGCGGCUGAUUCAGUUCUGCAUUACACUGUUUCCGCACUUGUUUUUCAUUUUUUUUUUCUCUGCUCUUUCACUUAUUUCAUUAAAGCUAUGGACAUGUAGAAAAAAAUAUGAGUUUUUUUUUUUAGAUAAUCGAGAAGUGCUCCAAGAUCGCGACGAAGCCUGUGCUGUGCCGUCCCUCGAAUGAGCCGAUAAGGUAAGAGUCACUUGUGAAGUCUCUUUUUUGCUCAAGGCACACAGUUCCCACUUGAGUGAUACCACUUUUACGAUGCCGCUCAGGCGUCUGACCUACAAAAACCCACUCAAAAACGGAGUAUUUCAGAAAGUUUUUGAAUCUGGAAAAAAAAAGUAAAUCUUUUAAAUAAAACAAAUACUAAAAGCUCAUUCCAGAAAGAACAGCUAGAAAAGGUGUGUAUUCCGAAACAAAACGAUUCCAACUUGAAUAUUGAGCAUUUUCUUGUUUCAAAGUAGUUUUCAUAACUUGAACCGUCUUUAUAGAGACUUGAACGCGUCAUCUUUCUCGCCGCUCCACUAUACUCUGAACCUGACGGUCCGUUCAGUGCAGCCAACUUUCCUCGAAGGCGAUGCCUCGAUAUUCGCCAAGACCAAUUUUCAAGGCAACCUGGUAAACUCACUUCACUCUGUUCUGUGAGCAGGCGGAAAGUUUUGCAGAUCACUCUCAAUGCAGGACGGCUCCGCAACGUCGAGAACGUGAAGAUCAUCAACUGCGGCAACGGUGAGAGCCUUUGUUUGUCUGAUGGGAUCUCGGAAAGAAAACUGGGACAGGUGGAAGACAAAUUAGCAUGGCGCUUGUCAUUUUGCAUGAUGCGCCCGAGUGCUGCCAAUUUGUUGCUUCUUUUUUUCGUUGUAAUCCUCGCCCGAGAGUGCACCUGUGGCUUUUCCAAUGACUAGCAUUUGUGCAGUCGUCCACGAAAACACGCAGAAGAGCUUAUUUCUUCCUGUUUACUAAGGAAAAACAAUUUCUGCAGUUUUGAUAUGAUAUGUUCAAUGCUAGUUUGAAACAUCAGAAAGAGUUCAGACUUAGGAAAAGUUUUUUGGGUUAAUAUCUGCAAGUUCUAGUCGAAAAGGAAAAAAAUAAUAAUAUCGAAUCAGUUAAGGUGAGCAGUGGAGUUCUAAGAAAAACCUAGAGUUUUUAUCAGGCUGUCGAAAAGUUCAACUCAAGUGCAAAAGAUAUUGCGGCGAAAAUCUAUUGGAACUACCGUGUGCAGAGUGCUGACAAAAUAAGAAUAAAAACGAUUUUUGAGCUCAACUGUCUCAAAAAGUGUGAAUUCGUUGUGUUUUGGCACGUGGAAGCCAUCGGCGGAGGUCGUUAUGUCGAAGGCAUAAUGGAUGCCUGACGGUGGAUGAGUCAGACUCCUGCCGAAGUCGGCGGCCUCAGACAGCUGUUCGCAACGCGAUACCUCUGGACUCUUUCCUCUGCCGCCAUUAACAGUUUACGGACGAAGACUCGCUUUCACGUAUAAAAAAGCGACGAGACCCGAUAACAAAUCGUCGGUUGAGUCCUCCGUCCAGGCUUCACGCAGUAAUCGGACCUGCAUGACAAUGAGAUUAGCAUCGGCGAGUCCGAUCCGCUACAAAAAGACCUAAUCCACUUGUUGCUCUUAACCCCGGUCAAGCGCAAUACUCGGCUGUUUUUGACAAGUGAUCCAGGCGAUUAGGUACUCGUAGAAAAGUUUUGAUGUUCAAAUCUAUCUUUACAAAGUUUUUUCUCUUAGUUUUCCCGGAAUAUCAUUUUCAAAAAGUCGCGAAAAUGCUUUAAAUUCGUUUUCUGCUCUUCGCUGUGCAACUUCAUCACAAUUACUGAUACGAGUGAUUAACUUUAGCGGGUUUCAAUGAGAAGAAACUUGACUGAAGAACGAGGUCAAUCUUUUUUCUGACUCCAAUGCUUCUUCUCAAAAUGACAAAGGCACGGAGGGUGUGAGAAGUUGCGGCCGGCUGAGUGCUAACAACACGAGUAACCAUUAAUCAAAGCCGGAUGGCCAUACGUCACUUGCCGUUCGCCUUACAAAAACUCUCAUCCUGGGACCAAGCUAGCCUGGACCGCACAAACAAGUGGGAGUCUUGCAGGAGAAACGGUUUGUGUGACUCGAGUAGAGCAUGACUCGGCGCAGGGGACGCUGUCGUUGCUCAUGGAGCAGACGAUCGAAUCCGACGCCAUCCUUCGUCUCGACUUCAACAACUUCAUCUCUGCCGACAACACCGCUCAUUUCUAUAAGCAGGUAAAAUGAAAAAGUUGCUAUACAAAUGAAAAUAAUCAAGUUGUUCAGGAUAUUUUUUGAAAAUCGCUAGGAGAAUUCAUAUAAGGGAGCUUCUCACUACAUAAAGGCUUUAAAAAUAGAAAACUGAGACCACGGGAUGAAUAUAUCUAAACGGACUAAAAACAAUUUUCGAUCUACGAAAAAAUAAAAAAUUCAGGAAAAAAAACGUUUUAAAGCAAGUUUCCAAUAACUUUUUUAAAACCACUUCCAAGAAAAUGCAAUCAAACUUGUGAACCGUAUCGUAAACGCGUCAACUGUGACCUGAAUCAAUAUAAAAUUUCUUGUUUCUAUAUUUUUUACCAGCGUUGGUUUUAUCGAUUUGUAUUUUAUCCUAAAGCAAGGAUUCGAGGAGUGCAGUCAAUUUCAUUUGUGACCAGUAGUAUAUGCUUUUUGUAUCAAUCAGUUAUUAUAAUAUUUUGGUGAAAUUAACUACCAACAACAUUAUUUCUAACUAAUAUACCAUUUAAAAUAAUUACGUUAUUGAGAUUCUUAAUAGGCUUCUGUAGACCAUUGACUUCCGUGAACUCACUGCAAAUUGAAAAUAAAACUUGAAUUUUUAGGUAGCAAAAUGGGACCGUGGAAUGCCGACCUUUUUGGGAACUCUGUUCGAAGAGACGUCAGCACAUCAGAUUUUCCCCUGCUUCGACCACCCUUCUCAGAAGGUCGAAAUCUCUUCAACAGCGAUUCUAAACGAACUGCUUGCAGGCCACGAUGUCGCUCUGCAUCAACCACAAUCCGUCGUUCACGGUUCGGUCCAAUGCCGACGGGCUAGCCGAGCCUUCGCCUGGAAGUACUUGCUUCGCCAAAACCGUUCCCAUCACUGCCCAGCAGUUCGCCUUUGUCGCUUUUGACCGCGUCAGUUUGUCAAAUCUUUUCGAAUCGAAAUGACGCUAUAAACAGAAACACAUGGAGAUACUUUACUUUCCUCUUUUUAUGCGCAUUUAAUUGGGACUCACGGUUCUGCAGUUUUUUGUUUUUGAUUGGCAAACUCUUCUAGUUUAAAUAGAUCAAAAAAGAAAAGGUCCUGAUAAAAACGUUUUGCCUUUCGCGAAGUGUUAAAACACCGAUAUGAUCUUUAAAAAACGAUCACGCCCCGUUUUCAAAAACGAUUAGUGAAAGUACGGUGUACAAAAGAAGGAGGAGUUCUCUCACGAUAAACCUUAGGGAGGUGAACCGCAGAAGUUCCUUUUUUUUUUAACUUUUUGCGCAAUAUACAAAGAAGAAGUUGCAGGCAGAAACGAUGUUCUACAAUCGGACGACCAUCGAUGGAGCUUACAUUCCGGACAUCGAGAUUGUGUUCAGCGUCAAUAAAAACUUCAAACGCGAGAAAAACGAGUGGAUCCACGCAGAAGCCUCCAAAGUCUGACUUUUGUUUCUCUGAAGAAAUGUCGAAGAGCCACGACUUCAGGUGAUCGCCCUACUGACCAAGUGGACGGGCUUCUCUUUCCCUCUCAACAGACUCGUUCUGGUCAGCGCCAACAUUCCGCCCCCAGGUCACUCGUCUCUCGGUGUCAUCACUCUUCCAGUGAGUCGACUUUUUCGAUUGCUUCAUUUUCGGUUGUCAUUUCUACUCAUUUGUGGCCUUCUCCUUCUCUUAAAAAAUAGUUGAAUCGAAAUUUUAAAAUCAGAUGGACGAAGUUUUUUUUCGAAAAAAAAGCCCAGCAUUGUACAAUGAGAUCUACUGACUUUUCGCACACUUUUUUGGUCCCCAAAUUUUUUCAAUAACUCAAAAAAUUCACAAAAAGGAGUUUUUAUUUUACUUCUUCUCAGGGAGCUCUCGUCGAACACCCGAGCUACACGACGACGCACGUCUCACUCGUCAAAGAGAUCAUCGGCCAAUGGCUCGAAGGCGUCGUCACGACGGUCGGCGGAGACGACAACUGCUUCGAGGUGCGUCCUGAACAGUUCUUCGGACAGCCUCAAAAACUGAAAACUUGUUGCACCAACAUAUGGCAACACUCGGCAAAGGCAGAAGCCGAAAGUUGAGAAGGAGAUGUCACGUCGACAUGUGUUAUGAUAGGCCGAUGGCCCACACAUGUUUACGGCUGGUUGAAACGCCGAUUGUAAUGCGGUUUGGCCAUCAAAAUCCCAAUUCUCAUCAAUUCUCAUAUGUCCGCUGCCUAUUAAUCAUCUGCUGAGCACCCAAUGGUUCUGAAUUUUACAAAAUCUUUGCCCGUGCUGCCCAUUCUUUCUUCGAAUUAUUGCUUCUUGACAUCGACUGUAGCUAAAACGCAGAUUUUUCUGACGUUCCGCCAAAGAACAUUACAACGUGCAAAAACGUGCUAAACUUCGCGAAAUACGAUACGGAGUUGCUUUAAAAAAACGUGUUGGAAAACACAUUUUUCUCUGACCUCAAAUCUCUUAGCAGCGACAAUAUAUCUACUCCGAACGAUCACCUAAGAAAAGUUGGGAAGGAUUUGGGCGAAUGGUCUCAAUAACAGACACUCGACCCAUGAGCCAUGAAGUAGAAACUCAAGUAGCCCAACUUCGCCUCGACAAACAACGUCUGGCGAAGACGUCUGGCGACGCGUUGCGCAACGACUCUCAUGUCGAGCAGAGCGCCAGACGGAAUGAGCUCUCGGAGCUUUGCCGAAGAGCAGUUUACGACUGCCGGCUGCACCUUGGCGCUCUUGAGGUCGCCGACCUCUUUUUUCAUUUGGACGGCAAAUCUUUUUCAUCUCAGAAAAAACGACUGUAGACUCACUCAGAAAUGAAUGUUCUCCGUAAUUACAGUAUUUCUAGUAUGCUCUCAGAUAUUUUUCGAUGGUUUUUCCAUUGUUUCCAAACAUUUUUUGGGAGGUUAAGCAUACCAAAGUUUUCAAAAACUCAUCGUUAUCCGUGCUGAUUCACGUUGAAAGUUCUCAUCUUCUUAAGUUAAUAAAACUUCCAAAAAUGUUCCAUAUAAUCCCUGGUUACUGUCGAUUUUCUUAUUUCAUUUUUCUCUAAUUUAAUAUAUAAUUUUCAUGUAAUUUCUUAAAAAGAAAUUGCGUGAGACUAUUAGGAUCGCUAAAAAAAGUUACCUUGAAUGAUUAGUUUUGUCAGAAGAAAUAAAUUGAAAAAGUUUGGCAUCAACCCUGUCGUUGACAAUAUUUUUUUAACUUGAGUGAUUCUUUUAAAUUGAAUAUUUUUUUACUUUACAUACCUUUCCGUAGUUCGGUUAAUAAAUUAAUAUAAUAAAUCGAAAAAGAAAAUCUCGAAAAAAAAACUCACGAAAUGAUCAAGAAGUGGAAACCGGUUUCAGUCAAAAAGUAAAUAGGUUCUGUUUUCAAUUUUUUUUUCUCAGAAAGCCCUGACGACGUACCUUGAGUGGAAAGUGAACGAAAAGCUGCAACUAGUGAAGAAGUCGCGCAAGCAGGAAAUUCUAAACAUCAGGCCCCUCGACCUCAAGGCCGAAACCAAGUCGCCGAGAAUUCUUCGCACCCCUUCUAUCCCCGUAAGUCAAUUAACAGUUGCCUCCGCUGGAAACUUGAAAAAAAGUCUCCAGUAGAACAUUCUGUCGAUAUUCUUGACUUUGUGUCCUGUGCUAAUCAAGUGAAACAAAGUGUAGUUUUUGUGAUGAAGGAAUUUUGCAGGGAGGAAAAUGUGAGGUUCGCUAUGUCGAAGUGUUCUACGCUCUCGACUCAAUUUUCGGAGACGCCACAGUCAUCGGAACCCUCCGCGAGGUCAGAACUCCACUCCAAACCGCAAAAUUUCGUGGUUCUUCAGAUUCUGAACAAACACGCGUUCUCCGUGGCGACUAUUGCUGAUUGGGAGGCUGCCGCCGUCGCCGCUUCUGGUCGUCCCGAAGCAGGUGAACGAAGAUCGGAGGCAUCUCAAUCAACCAUUUUUCGCUUCAGGAACUCUCCUUGCGGAAUGGUUCUCUAGAAAGACGCGACCAGUCCUCCGAGCGACGGUCACGGGACAAGCCAUAGAGUUCGAGGUUUGAUCUGAGAUUCUCGGAACGAGUUCAUUGGAGUUUCCAGCAACUGACGUCGUCCCUUUGGACGGUUCCACUGGAAGUGGCAAGCUCGUCAGGCACUCAGCUGGCGGUGAUCACGGAGAGGAAGCAAGUUUUGCCCUUCCAGUCGCUCGACUAUGUCGUCGUCGAUCCGCAGAGAAAGUCUCCAGCUUUCGUCGUCUAUGAUGUCAGCUUUCCGAGAGAUCUGGCCGAGAAAAGGAUGGAUUCAGGCUGACACCUACGAGCGUCUGAUGCACUGCUUCGACGACAAGGGCCGGUGUCCUUCGACAGAAGUCGGAGGGGUCCUGACGGACCUCGGCGCGGCAUUGUUGGCCAAUCACUUGCCGGCUCCCGAGCCGCGCGAUGUUCCAAAGUGGAAAGCUUUGUUCACGGUAGGUCUUAGCUUUUAUCAGACAACUUUGACGGUCGUCUCGAUUUUUAACUUUUUUUUUAUUAAUAAAAAAUGGAUACGUCUGAAAAGGACAUUGCUCAUAGAGAAAAAAAUACUAAGAGAAGAUCCGACAAAUAAGGCGUUUUGAACAAAAUCAUCGAACUCGGAAAGAAAUGUUUGUUAAUGAUAAGUUUCACUUGAAUAUUUGCUCAAGAAUCUGGAGCAAGAAACGGUGUUGGGAAUUUCAGUUCAUGACGCGGAAAAAGCUGGUCUCUGGAGACGCGGCGUGUUGUGUGCAGCACGCGAUCCGGCAAAUGUCCGACGCUCAGUGCACGUGGGUCAUCAACGACACCUGCAUGCUCCUCGACAUGAACAAGGCGCUCGUCAGCGCUGCUUGA